AUGGCUGCAGAAAAGUUUGGUCCGCAUCUCAAGACGAUUCUUAAAGGGAAACAUAUCGACGCCAUUUACGAACUCUGGGGAGUCAGUUACGCCGUAGAAAUCGAAUCCCCGAGGACGGCUGGCGGCUUAUCGUUUCCUCUUCCUCGUUUCCUUCUCGAGGUGCUGGCGGAGAUCAAGAUGGCGUUUACCCAGAUAGCGCGUAACUUUUUCCGGUACUUUUUAGGUUGCUGGGUCCGAGCUCAGGAAGAAGGUCUCGAAUUUGGUCUCAGGGAGUUGAAGCAAUUAUUUUCCAUAAAGCGAAACAACGGCUUCCAUGGCACAAUGAUUAUCUCUCCUCGAGGUGGUCGUGUUAUCAUCGAAGGCAUUCCUAAUAAGGAUGAUCGAUGGAGGGAGAAUUUUUUUGUUUUAAAAAUAAAUCUAGCGUCGGUCGGAGACUUCGAUUUCGAGAGGAUUCCUCGGGAAUGGUCCGACGACAUUGAGCCUUUUGGGUCUGCGCCUAUGUCUCUCGAGCUUCGCGGGUUAAUGGAGACUUUGCGUCGAGGUAGCACUUGCUGGCUCUCCUUUACUCCUGACCGAAUUCAAGCCGCCUAUGCUCUCCCACCGGGUGCGAAUCGUGCUACUCCUGUCACCUUGGUGGCUCCUGUUCGGCCCAAGCGAGGUCAGGGCACCAAAAGGAAGAAGGAUGAAGAGGUGUUGCUCGAUCGUCCUGAUGAGUCUUCUGAGGCCGGGUCAUCAGAGCGAGAUCGGAAAGUCCACCGGGGGCGGGUCCUUAGACCGAGGUCGCAGGCUCAGUCUCCUGGUCUUCUUGCUAGGCCAGUGUCGGUCGCUUUUCCAUCUGGUGGAGCUCGAAAGGCACCGGAUACUUCGGCGAGCUCUGCUGGUGAUCGAGCUCUUAAUGACGAGAUCGAUUCGUUGUCUCGUCAAUCUCGACGUCGGGUUUUGGAGGAGUUAACUCUGUGGCUUCGGGAUCGUCGAGCCCGAAACUUUCUCCGCCGUUGCGUGCUUCUGGUGAAGGUACUUCGCAGCGAGAUCCCCAUCCUUGAGAACCCCGAGUCCCUUGCGGAAAUUUGGUGUAAGAUCAGAGCAGAAGGAUGCGAGCUCCCUUCUUUGGAGCACAUGCGAGAGCGCGACGCCUAUGUUCGGAUGGCAGUCGCAAAUGCCAAGCUUCGGGGUGAGCUGGAUACUGCUCGGGAGACGGAGAGACAGCGCGAAUUGGAUUUUGAGAAAUUGAAGAAGAAGUUGGCGGCUUCUGAGGCAGAAAAGGGCGUUGUUCAGAGAGACCUUAACUCGAUGGAGGAGAAGUAUAGGCGAGAGAUCGAAGGUCGGGAUAGGAAAGCUCGCAAAGAUCUCCAUCUAGCUCGUGUCUCUCUUGUGAAGGAGUACGAGGGGGUUUUGGCUGUAGUCAGGGGUAAGUUGGAGCAAAAGAAGAAAGAAACGGCCGCGGAGAUUCUUUUGCAAGAGACGCGAGCUCAUAUCGAAGCUUUGCCGAGUAUAGUGAGGGUGGCUUCGAGCUCGAGGCGGAGUUGGAGCGCCAUAAAGACUUGGAGGUUUCGCUCGACGUCAAUUACGGUCUUGCUUCGGUGUCGGACCCUUCUCUUGGUCGUCUCGAUCUCCCCGAGAUCUCCGGAGACUCGGUCAACCAGGAUUGAUGCGAGGAUUACUUCGAUUUAG